UCCAAGAUGGAGGCGGCGGGCAGAGCGGGGCAGGAGAUGAGCCUGGCGGCCCUGCGGCGGCACGAUCCCUUCAUCACCGGCAUCGCCGACGUGACCGGCCAGGUCGCGCUCUACAGCUUCAGCCCCAAGGACAACGAGUGGGAGAAAACCGACAUAGAAGGGACCUUAUUUGUGUAUAAAAGGUCAGCUUCUCCUUAUCAUGGUUUUACGAUAGUGAAUCGACUGAAUAUGCACAACCUGGUUGAGCCAGUAAAUAAAGAUUUGGAGUUUCAGCUCCAUGAACCUUUUCUGCUCUACAGAAAUGCAAGCUUGUCAAUUUACAGUAUUUGGUUUUAUGACAAGAAUGACUGUCAUCGAAUAGCAAAGCUCAUGGCUAAAGUGGUUGAACAAGAAGCUCAGAGGUCGCAGCAAGUUUCUCAGGACAGAAAAAGUCCCAGCAGAACCAAUGGCUGCAAUGAAAACAGGCCCAUUGACAUCCUAGAGAUGCUUAGUAAAGCCAAGGAUGAGUAUGAACGAAAUCAGAUUAGUGACCUAAGUAUUAUAUCAAGUUCUGGAAUGCAACAGAAUUCAAAUCCUCCAAAGCCAGAAAGUACAGAGCCUUCAGAACAGAAGCCUUCAUUACAAAUGCAAGAGCAGCCAUUUCAGUCAAGGCAGAAGCAUCUGACUUUGGAGGAACUGUUUGGAACCUCUGUCCAGAAGGAGCAGCCUGCAGCUCCAUAUCCCAAUCCAGAGAGAAUGGAGAAGCUGCAGACAGAUGCAUCUGCCAGAGAGCAGCACAGUUUGCUUUUGCCUUUUUCCUUUGACCAGUCACCAGUAAUGCAACAAUCCCUGGGGAAAUGUGAAAGUCCAAGCAUUAAAGCCAGUGCCAGCCAGCAGGACUGUUUGACACCUAUGAUAAUACCUCCAGCUUCAGUUUCCCAGCCUGAGCUGAAAAACGUUCCAAGCUAUUCAGUUCGUUUAAGCCCUGUUCUUAAUUCAGUCUCAACAAUGGAAGCUGCCCCUGCUCAGAUGCUUCCUGGCCUCAAACAAAGCAACAGCAUAAUGCAAGUUAUGCAGCAAGCUGCCAAGCCCAUAUCCCCACUGGUGAAUCAGCCGCCAUCUGACGUGAACCACACUCCACAGAAUCUCAUGGCUGGCCAAAGCCAGCUCGUAGCACCCUUGACUACAGCAAACACAGGCACUGUCUCCAAUGCAUCUCACACAAGUGUUGAUCUUCUCCAGAAACUCAGGUUGACCCCCCAGCAUGACCAAACACAGCAGCAGUCUCUCGCUAAGAGUCCCUUGACACCAAACAUCUCUGCCUCAGUUGGCCAACUUGCAACACCAGAAAGCUUCAAAGAAUCUCACAGUAAGCCAUCAGCCUUGAACAGCAAGAUAAUCUCUCCCCUUCAGACUGUACAGCAAAACAAGGAAUCAGAAGUAUUUCCACAGCCGAAAACUUUGUCUAAAGCCAGUCAAGUUGCACCUGCACAGUUUGUUACAGCCACGACGACAGUAACACCUUCAGUGCUCUUGUCUCCAAGUGUGUUUCAGCAAUCAGCUACAAAAGCUACUGAAGUGGAGAAUAAAGCCAGUUCUUCUUCUCCUUUAACACUUGGAACAACAGAAAUUCAGACUACACCUCCUACUGUUCUCAGUAGGUCUCAGCUUCAAGAAGCGCUGAUACAUCUAAUAAAGAAUGAUUCCCGUUUUCUCAGCACUAUCCAUGAAGUCUACUUGCAAGUCCUCACCAAGAGUACAGACAACAUUAAGCUAUAAUUGAAGCUGAAUCUACUUAAAAUAUGUUCAUUUUAGAAACAAUUAUGCCUCAUGUAUAAAACUAAUAUUUUUGUAAAAGAAUAUUUAGUUUUCAAUGUCUUGAAUUCGAACCUGUUAGGAACUAUUAUUCCUUAAAUACUUAUGAAAGUAAUGUUCUCAGAAUGAUCUAGGUUUUCACUGUGAUCGUCACCAGCAAACCUUUUUUUUAUUGGGGAGGGGACUUAAGUUGCAUUUGAGCUCUCAUUAGCAUUAAGUGAAUGUGCAAAUGUUUGCUCUGGCUCUCAUUCCUGGCUGUAUUCAUUGUUCAAGGAUUACAGACUCAAAACUAUUUCAACCAGCAAAUGCACAGUAUAAUACACUACAGCACACCAGAACCAAAUUCAGUUGUGGGAACCUCGUUCCAGUUUGAAGGACUGAGGAAAAUGAGAGCAAAAUGCCUUGUGAUGAAGCUGGAAGGUGUGGGGAGGGAAAGGGUCUGGAAGCCAGGCCAUUGGAGCUAAAUCUUUAACAAAAGGUCUAAAAAUGUGAUUGGCUCAAUACAUUGGCAGUCUCUAGCUAAUGCAUGUAAAUUCAUCCUUUCAAUAUUUCAUCAAUUCUGUUUGUUUCUGUGUUACUGACAUAAAA